AUGGCGACGAAGCUUUGGUGGGCACCACAAAAGCCGCCAAACACAGCAAGUGGUGCCAGACUUAUCCUGCACUUUGCAGAUAGAAAGAGCAGAUUUGACAUGAUCUCACUGAGAAACAAUUGCAGACUCACUGGAGUAACCAGUAACAAAGGGGUAUCGUGCUUUGAUGUUGAGACCGGAACAAGAAAACGAUGCAUUAUGCGUGGACACGACGAUAAACCAACAUCUAUCUGUUUCAUACAACCAAUAGCUAGUAAAAAUCAACAGUUUGCCACUGGAGACGAAUCAGGCGAGGUUCGGACAUGGGACUUCCGGGCGGAUGUUCCUAGAAUUUGCUCUUGGAAGGAGCAAGAGGAGAAUAUCAAUGCGCUGAAAACCGAUACACGUCACAACUUACUUUCUGCCUCGUCGGAUGGUACACUUGCUGCCUAUGAUGUUCGAAAGCGGAAACUUCGUAUGAAGAGUGAGACGAUGCAUUCUGAGCUCGUUAGUCUGUGCGUGACUGAUAAGUAUGUUUAUGCUGGUGGGCGUGAUGGUUACCUUGAAGUUUUCGUACAUGGUGAUUAUGGGAAUAUCUUGGAGAGGAUUGAAACCGGAUUUGAAAUGGGUGUGGAUGACGUCGUUGAACUAAGAAAUGGCCUUCUUCUCACUUGCAGUGGUAGUUCUGAUAAGCUGAGGCUGAUCAAUGUUAUGCCUACAAAGAAGUUGGGAGUUGCUGGAACCCAUGGUCAUGACGAUGGCAUCGACCAACUUAUGGUGACUCCUGAUGGGUCCACUUUGAUUUCAAUGUCUACAUUUGCUGAAUCUGUGAAGUUUUGGCCUCUGGAUCCUAUUCUGAAGAAAGUCCCAGUCCUUCGCGUGGUGGACAUAAAUAAGCGAAAACCGGUUGUGAAGGAAGGAUUCUUUGACGAUAUCAUGGAUAAGAAGAAAAAGAGAAGAAUGGAGGAUUCUGACGAGGGAGACGGCGCUGCCGUGAAUGGUAACGCAGAAGAGCAGUCCGACGAGGAAGUUGAUGAAGACGAGGAGGAGGAUGAGGAUGGGGAUGAAGAAGAGGAAGAAGAUGAAGAUGAAGAAGAAGACGAAGACUAGAUGAUCUAAGCUUUACUUGUUCCUGUAUUAGCCAACUUUAUUAUGCAUGUUGUCUGUUGAAUUUUUGUUAUGUUUAAACUCUUUUGUGGUUGUGGCUGUACAAAUGAAGUUCUAAUUUGUC